CGAGUGACGUCACGCGCUGUCUGGCUCUCGCUACGCGUUUUGUGAGGAAAGAGAAGAGCGCUGGAGGAGGAAGAAGAAAAAACUGGCGGACAGGGGUCACGAACUAUGACCUUUCACAGAAGAAAAACAAUAACAAAUAUUUUUUUUAACACCUGAGAGCGAUAAAUCGUCGUGUUUUCCUGAGAGGUCGAACGUGUACAGAUCUUAGGGAUGAGCAGCUCUCCACAGAGAAUCCAGAUCAUUUCCACAGACUCGGCUGUUACAACUCCGCAACGCAUACAGAUUGUAACAGAUCAACAAACUGGGCAGAAGAUACAGAUUGUAACAACAGUGGACCCAUCUGCGUCCUCUAAACAGCAGUUCAUAUUAACCACUCCAGAUGGAUCUGGUACUGGAAAGGUGAUAUUGGCCACACCAGAAAACACAAAUGCCAAGCAGCUCAUUUUUACAACAGAUAACAUUGUACCAGGCAGAAUUCAGAUUGUGACAGAUGCUGCCUCAGUGGAACGUUUACUGGGGAAAACUGAAGUAGGGAGGCCGCAGCCAGUAGAAUACUGUGUUGUGUGUGGUGAUAAGGCAUCAGGGCGUCAUUAUGGUGCUGUUAGCUGUGAGGGAUGUAAGGGUUUUUUUAAGAGAAGCGUGAGGAAGAACUUGACCUACAGUUGCCGUAGUAACCAGGACUGCAUUGUCAAUAAGCACCACCGCAACCGCUGCCAGUUCUGCAGGCUUAAGAAGUGCCUGGAAAUGGGCAUGAAAAUGGAAUCUGUGCAAAGUGAAAGAAAGCCAAUCGACUUGCCAAGAGAAAAGCCUGCAAACUGUGCUGCUUCAACAGAAAAAAUCUACAUAAGGAAAGACCUGAGAAGUCCUCUCAUAGCCACUCCGACGUUUAUAGCUGAGAAGGAUGGUUCAAGGUCCAGCCUCUUGGAUCCAGGCAUGUUGGUUAACAUUCAGCAGCCAUUAAUACAAGCAGAUGGAACACUACUUUUGGCUACCGAUGCAAAGGUUGAAUCCAGUCAAGGAGAUUUGGGAACAUUAGCAAAUGUGGUUACGUCUCUAGCUAACCUUAAUGAAUCUCUUAACAAUGGAGAUGCCUCAGAAAUGCAGCAGGAGGACCAGUCUGCUAGCGAGAUAACACGUGCCUUUGACACUUUAGCAAAAGCCCUAAACCCCACAGAAAGCAGUUCUACUCAGAACCUUGCUGAAGGGACUGACUCGGCAGGUGGGACCAGCAUCCAGGUGAUCAGUCGAGACCAGUCAACCCCUAUCAUUGAAGUUGAAGGACCACUCCUCACAGAUACUCAUGUUAGUUUUAAGCUGACAAUGCCUAGCCCAAUGCCUGAAUACCUGAAUGUGCACUAUAUUUGUGAGUCUGCGUCCAGGCUUCUGUUUCUUUCCAUGCACUGGGCCCGUUCCAUUCCAGCUUUCCAGGCACUUGGUCAGGAUUGUAACACAAGUCUUGUUCGAGCCUGCUGGAAUGAGCUCUUCACACUAGGGCUGGCUCAGUGUGCUCAGGUUAUGAGUCUAUCUACAAUUUUGGCAGCCAUUGUAAACCACCUUCAAAACAGCAUACAGGAUGACAAGCUGUCAGGUGAAAGGAUAAAGCUGGUGAUGGAGCACAUAUGGAAGUUACAAGAAUUUUGUAACAGUAUGGCUAAACUUGAAAUUGAUGGAUAUGAAUAUGCGUACCUUAAAGCAAUUGUACUUUUCAGCCCUGAUCACCCUGGUAUUAACAGUACGAGUCAAACUGAAAAAUUUCAGGAGAAAGCACAGAUGGAAUUACAGGAUUACAUACAAAAAACUUACCCAGAUGACACAUACAGGCUUGCACGUAUUCUCAUGCGUCUCCCAGCACUUCGUCUGAUGAGCUCCAGUAUAACAGAAGAACUUUUUUUUACUGGCCUUAUUGGGAAUGUUCCCAUUGACAGUAUAAUACCUUACAUUCUGAAAAUGGAAACAGCAGAGUACAACAGCCAGAUCACCGGUACAUCGGUGUAGCCCUGUCUCCUUCAGCAGGUGGCCUCUGGUUAAAGCUGGCUUCUAUUUCCUUAUCUGAUGCAAAGCAAAAGGAAGAACUGCAACAGGGCAGCAAGACCAGCUCCAUUUUUCUGCUGUGACUGUGGUAGGACUGACCUACAGUAGUAGACAAAUACUAAGAUUAAACAAUCGCAAAUCUUUCAUUUGAUGAUUUUUUUUUUUUCUAUUUUUGCUGGACCAGCUUCUCCACCUACAUUAUAUGCUUAUGAAAGUGAGGAGCGAGCUAACAACUGUCAGGCUUUCAGAAGGCCUUCUUUGUUUGUUUUCUUGGCAGCACUUAUUAAGGCAAAUAUUGGACUGGCAGAUACCUAUUUUAGUACUUAUGCCUUUCUUGUCUUAUUUCUUUUUGUUAAAUGGUAAAAAAAAAUGUAAUUAUGUUGCUUAUGAGUAAUGGGUUCACUUGGUAAAACCUGCCCCAUAUUUGUGUCUGUUUGACAGAAACUAAAUUGAACUGCUCCAAAAUUAGAAAUCGGCGGUAUUUUAUAA